CAUGCGCAGUGCGGGGAGCCGGCUUGUCGGGGUGAGAAUCCCGGCAGGUGCGAAGGGCCGUGCUGGGGGGCCGCUGAGGACAUCCAGCAACUCUUCAUCUGUUGCCAUGGGGUGUCUGUUCUCUCUCGGGGGUAAUGUGUCUUCCAGGCAGAGAAGAGAGAAUGAGGAGGACUUACUAGACAGCAGAGAUCGUGAGGAAGACAUUGCCAAGUUUCCGUAUGUUGAGUUCACAGGUCGGGACAGCAUCACCUGCCCAACUUGCCAAGGCACUGGCUGUAUUCCCACAGAGCAGGUAAAUGAGUUGGUGGCACUAAUACCAUACAGUGACCAGAGGCUCCGUCCCCAGAGAACGAAGUUCUAUGUGCUGCUGUCUGUGCUGCUCUGCCUUCUGAUACCCGGGCUGGUGAUUUUCUUCCUGUUUCCACACUCGGUCCUUGUGGAUGAUGAGGGCAUCAAAGGGGUUCAAGUUUGGUUCGACCAGAAAAACUCCAUGGUCAUUCUUGCCAUCACGACCACCCUGAGGAUCCGGAACUCCAAUUUCUAUUCGGUUGCAGUAGCCAGCCUCGCCAGCCAGGUGCAGUACAUGAACACUGUGGUUGGAAGCCAACAGAUUACCAACGUGUCCCGCAUCCAGCCACUGAGCGACAAACUGGUGAAUUUCACUGUGAAAUCAGAGAUGGGUGGACCUUUCUCCUAUGUGUAUUUCUUUUGCACAUUACCCAAGGUCAAGGUGCAUAACAUAGCGAUCUUCAUGAGAACAUCAGUGAAAAUCUCAUACAUCGGCCAUGUGACUCAGAGCUCCUUGGAAACAUAUCACUAUGUAGAUUGUGGCGCUAAUUCCACAGCGGUCCAGGACCCUCGGCCUGUGUCCACCCCACCUACUCUAGAUAGUGUAACCAAAGAGAGGAGGAUACUCUGAAGACACCUGAGUCAACUAAUACUUCUCUUGGGGAAGUGAUCAUGCAGACUGACUUUUAUUAUGAAUUAUGUACCUGUAGGCAGGAUCACAAGGUAACUUUUAAAUGGAAUUAGAGGGAUCAUUGAUGUCCUUGGAGAAACUUGGAGUGAACAGGUGGUGUCUGAAAUCACGUGGCACUUCACGUUAAUGCAUAUGCAACUUGGCUGCACUGCUUACCUUUUUGGGCAGUGAUUUGAGAGCAUGUCCACUUGUGAUCCAAUCUGAUCCUCCCCAAAACAUGCUGAGUUCCCACCCACUUAUAACUUGACAUCGAUCUGGUAUUUAGCUGUUGCAAUGAAUUUCUUAGAAUUGAACCCAGAAGAAAUCAAGGAACUGUUUUAAAUAUAUCUUUCAAUGAAAAGACAUAAUGAAAUUCAGAGAAGGCUUCAGACUCUCUCAUUGCCUUGGGAUAAAUGCUGGGGAUUGAAUUUGGCUGCUGUUUGGUGGGCUCUGCUCUAUUUUUUUUUUUGUCCUUUUUCCGGACAAACAUGCUGUUUCGGUGAAACUCUUUUUGCCCCUUGUUCUGCUCAGUGACAGCACGCCAUUAAAAUAUGUUAUGGCAUUUUGUUAGUAGGAUUUCUACGCAUAGUCAUUCCAGGAGAGAUUGGCACUCAUAUUUAUUCUCUGUAGAUGGAACUUGUGACAGAUGCUGGAAGGGGAAAUAAUUGGAGCUAACCAGCAUAUGUUCUAUUUGAGGUGGUGGUUUGCUUACUGACUAAGUUAUCUGAGGGUGUCCCUCUACAGUGUAUCAAAUCCCUAUUGUCUUAGUGAUGGCUGUGUUUCAGUAGGUUCACCGCUCCAAUGGAGUCGUACUGAUUUCCUUGUAUGGACCAUAUAGCUC